AUGCAGGCUCUAAAUUUGGGCGUUGGUGACAAUGUGCCUGUAUUUACGGUCCUCUUUGAAAGUGAAAAGACAAACAGUGCAGCUCUCCAGCAAUAUCCGGACAAGACAGUGUCAUCAGGCGUGCAGCCCCGUCGGGGCGUCGUGCAUAAAAGCUCUCGCAGGCGUAGUGGCGCGGCCUUCUUGGCAUCUGCCACAGCACUUGUUGUGCUAAUCUUCUUGUGUACGCGAGGGCAGAAGAAAUGGAAUCAACUGCCUGCCUAUGGUCGGCAGCUGUCGGAGGAUGAAGACUCCAGUGCGGUUGUCAAACGCCCAUGGUGCAGCGAUUCGGGAGAAGAUGCAGAUAUUUCAUCUGAUGACAAUACGACGGAGAUGCCUCCCAUGCUUGAGCCACUUGCUAAGCGUGCACGUAUUGAGGCGGAGUCUGAUGAUAGCAGGGAGCUACCUAGUGUUGACACAGGCGCGCAACAAGCGGCACGGGCCUCAUCGAAGGGGGCCAUUAGACCAACUGGCGCAAUUGGAUGGCGUCGCCGACUGCGUCCCAUACUGCCUAAGCCCCCUGCUUCUAAGAUUGAAGCUGGGCGGUGGAGUGGGCAUGAACUUCAAGCGGCUGCUGGACUGCUGAAAUUGUGGGCGCCAGAUUCCCCUGAAAUUGAAUUACCUGAUGCAGCUGCAGUGUGUUGUUCAGAGAGUGGUAGAAGAUUUCCUGUGACGCUGACUAUGCGUGAAAUUCAAGCCAUUGUUGCGUUGCAUCAAUUGGGGGAAUUGACUGGCUCCGAGGGCGCCCCUGGUGAAAGAGAUGAUGGACAGGUGGAGCCUGAGGAUGAGGCUCAGCCUUCAACGAGUGCGGCAGCACAAGAAGCUGAAGCUGACGAACAGCAGCGGUUGCUAGACACAUUCGUGCAGGACCUACUGUCAACUGUUACUCCGUCUUCUGCUGGUGGAUCUACCUCGGCCGUGCAAGAAGACCCGAGUACACAUCCAUUUUGUCGUUUGCCGUCUGUUGACCGUAGUACAAUUGUGCGAUAUUUUGACCCAGAUCGUGUCUUUUUUCCCCCUCAGGUGACGGACAAACCGUUCCGACAAUUUUUAACAGCUCAUGAUCUUCUCAUCAAGCCGACACUUUCUUCCAAGGAAUUGUUGUAUCUAACUAAUGCUGCGGAGAAUCUAGCAGCUUACGCUGUAUCGUAUCAAAAUUUUGGUAUUCGGGAUCUUCAUGCGAAUGCCGCUGCCAAACAUCUCGGCCUCCGUUUCCUCGUGUUUGACGUCAUUGUGUCCACAUUAGAGCUGCUCGGUCAAAAGCCGGAAGGCGUUUGGUGGAAGAGACUUACUGCUGCAGUCCCUCAUGAAUACCCUCCGUCCCCCAUUCUUCAUAGUUUGACAGCUACACGCCUCUUCAACGUAGCCCUCUGCCACAUGCUUACCACUUCCUUGGAAACUUUGAAGUCUGGGUGUCGUCCGCCAUGUAGUAAAAAUUUGGGGCUCAAGCGGUUCCUGUUUUGCUUUAAACAAUCUCCGCCGCGUUUUAAAACGGCUAAUUUUGAUGCCUGGAGAAGUGACGACAAGGGUUUCUCUGAGGGGCGUAAAGGUCCAGGUUAG